AUGCCAUCACUCAAUGACGAUGGCUUCGAUAUGCCUCUUGCAAAGAGGCAGAAAACGAUAGGGAUUCAAGGCCUUCAACAACAACAGAAGCUAUCGGGAUCUAGAAUUUUUUCUCCGUUCCGGACUUUGGGACUGGUGUCACCAACCUCCGUACCCUUCACGACGGUUCGUUUGGGUAAAGCUACCUUCCAAAUCACAACCUCCGUGGGCCGCUCUCUACAGACAUAUGAUUUGAGACGUGGUCUGAACCUGGUGUUCAUCUCCAGGCCCGAGACUCCGGAGAUAAUAACCGCUACUUUCGCGUGGCAGGAUAAAGUCUUUGCGGCAUGGGGUAACGUGCGACCCGGUUCUUCUGGCGGCGUCUGGGUUUUCAAGCGCGGUAAGAAAAUCGCGUCUCUGGAAACCCCCGAGGUCGUCGAUGAGCCCAUUGAUCGGAUCCUUGUGUUUGGCUCCUGGGUUGUGGGAUGUACCAGGAAUCGCAUCCAAGUGUGGAAAAAUGCAUCUUACGAGCACUACACGACUCUAAUUCCCCCCCGAGGCGGCGACGCGACGGUCGAGCAGAUUUACACGGGGCAGAUAUGCAACAUGCCGACGUAUCUCAACAAGAUUUUUGUGGGGCGGUAUGAUGGCAACGUUGACAUAUGGAAUGUGAAGACCGGCAAGAUGAUCUGUACGAUCCCGCCGAUGCUGCCAGGAGCUGGUGCGGUGACUGCGAUUCAGCCAUGUCCUGUUUUAUCUCUCAUCACAAUUGCCGACAAGAGUGGUUCGCUGUCCAUUCGCAACAUCGAGACCGGCGAAGUCGUUUUGUCGUUGCGACCGGGAUCGUCCCAGUCUGAGCCUGUCACUUCAGUGACUUUCAGAACCGACGACCUGGGCGCUGGCGAAGAUGGACGAACCCCAGGCGUCAUGGCUACGGCGUGCCGGAACAGCGGUGAUGUCACUAUGUGGGAUUUGAACAACGGGGGAAAGGUGGUGGGCAUCCUUCGCGGCGCCCAUCGGGCGAUUGGAGAUGCAACUGGGUCAGGUGUGAACCAUGUCGAAUUCUUAGACGGCCAACCCGUUCUGGUCUCAUCAGGUUCGGAUAAUGCUCUGAGAACAUGGAUCUUCGACGAGGUUCCGUUUUCACCCAUUCCGCGACCACUUCAUUCAAGACGUGGUCACGCGGACGCUGUAACUACACUUGGGUUCCUACCUUCGGCAUCUGAUGGUUCGGAAUUCGGUGGCAAGUGGCUGCUUAGCGCUAGCAAAGACUCCAGUCUCUGGGGUUUUAGUGUGCGAAAGGACAGUCAAAACACAGAGCUCUCCCAAGGAUCCGUGGAACAUAAAGCAAAAAAGCUGGUUGGAUCCGGCGAUAUGAAGACGAUGCAGGGUCUCAAAGCUCCCGCAAUCACCUGCAUUGCUUGUUCGCUGAACCGGGACGGGGGCAUGGGUGUUGCAACCUCGGGUUCUGUGUGGACGAACCCAAAAGCAACCAACGCAGAUGCUUCUAAUAAGACGGGCUGGGAGAGUAUUGUAACUGGCCAUCGUGGCGAUAAGUAUGCCAGGACUUGGUUCUGGGGAAAAAAGAAAGCCGGACGUUGGGCAUUCGAAACUGGCGACAAAACUGAAGUGAAGACCGUCGCUAUAUCACAAUGCGGAACGUUCGCCCUAAUUGGCUCUGCGGGUGGUAGCAUCGACAUGUUCAACUUGCAGUCUGGGGCUCAUCGCCAGAGCUUCCCAGGCAAAAGCCACAAAAAGAAAGGCUCCGUCCCAUCCGCCUUGCUGAAGGAUGAGAAUCCUGGACAUACGAAAGCAGUCACUGGGCUGAUGGUCGACAGUCUGAACCAGACUGUCAUAAGUUGUGGCUUGGAUGGAAAGGUUAAGUUUUGGGAUUUUGUCUCUGGACGCCUGGUUGAUGAGCUUGACUGGUGGCCGAUGACAUCUGUUACUGGACUUCGGUAUAACAGUACGAGCGAACUGGUGGCCUUCAGUUGCGACGACCUUUCAAUCCGCGUGGUUGACAUUGAGACAAGAAAGGUCGUGCGUGAAUUCUGGGGCUGUGUCGGUCAAGUCAAUGACUUCGCUUUCUCUUCUGAUGGGCGAUGGAUCAUUGCCGCUUCGAUGGAUUCUAUAAUUCGAGUAUGGGAUCUGCCGACGGGGCAUCUUAUUGACCUUUUCCGCAUCCCCAGUACAUGUACCGCGUUGGCCAUGUCUUCUACGGGUGAGUUCCUAGCUACUGCUCAUGCGGACGGCUUGGGAAUCAGUCUCUGGUCUAACCGGAGUUUGUUCACCCCCGUGUCAACCCGGAAUCUUGAAGAAAGCGAGGUUUCAGAGGCCGCAGCCCCUACUAUAUCUGGGGAAGGGGCUGUAGGAGCCAUUGAGGCUGCUUUUACAGAGAAUCAGGAUCAACACGAGGCGGAGGGACCUGUUCUGACAACGGAACAACUGAGCCGGGACAUGGUAACACUCAGUGUUGUUCCCAAAAGCAAGUGGCAGACAUUACUUCAUUUGGAUCUGAUCAAGGAACGCAACAAGCCAAAAGAUGCUCCCAAGGCUCCUGAAAAGGCUCCUUUCUUUCUUCCUGCUGCCACUGGGGCCAAAGUUUCUGAUGAUAUCGAUCUGGGUGCUCUAGCUGAUGCGACAGCCGCUGAGCGCUCUCGAGUUGCCAAGUUGCAGCGUGAUGCCAACGGCGACGUUGCAUCGUCUCGAUUUGCCCAGCUUCUAGACGCUGGUGAUAUGUCGGGUGACUUCACGCCUUUUGUCGAACAUCUCAAGUCACUGUCUCCAGCUAAAGCCGAUCUUGAAAUCAGAUCUCUCAAUCCCAAAGCACGAGGGGGCCGUUCUGAAAUGUCGGCUUUUAUUCGUGCACUUUCCAGCCGCCUCUUCUUGAAGAAGGAUUUCGAGCUUGUCAAUGCUUGGAUGGCAGUGCUUCUCAAUGUACAUGCUGACACUAUCGCACAAUGCGCUCAGUCCGACUCUGAUGACAGCAAAGUGUUAAGAGAAGCCCUUGUUGCUUGGAGUGAGGCCCAGAAACGGGAAGGAGAGCGUUUGGCAGGGAUGGUGGGUUAUUGUCGUGGAGUGGUCGGAUUCCUCAGGUCUUCUCGUUAG